AGUCCUACUCCAAUCCUGAGCAUGGAGCUGUCAACCAAACGACAACAGCUGUAUGUGUCCAGUGAGCUCGGUGUGGCCCAGCUGGGUCUGCAGAGGUGUGAGUUAUACGGGACCGACUGCGCCGAGUGCUGCCUGGCCAGAGACCCCUACUGCUCCUGGGACGGACAGACCUGCUCCAGAUACUUCCCCACCAGCAAGAGGAGGGCGCGGAGACAGGAUGUAAAGUACGGAGACCCCUGGAGUCAGUGUCCAAUCACAGAGGACGAUUUAGGCUCUGUGGAGGUGAAGUCGGUAUACGGCGUGGAGGGGAAUUCUACCUUCCUGGAGUGUCUUCCUCGGUCGCCGCAGGCCGAGGUCAGGUGGACGGUGCAGCACGCGGAGAGCCAGCAGCAGACUCUCAGCCGCACACAAGAAACCAAAGAGCUCAGCGAUGACCACCGCUCCAUCCACAUGAAGCGCGGGCUGCUGGUUCAGCACCUGGAGCUCUCUGACUCGGGCCUCUACACCUGCUUCAGCCGCGAACACUCCUACAGCCAGGUCCUGGCCCGAUACCGCGUUCACAUCAUCUCCAACGACAGCCUCAACCCAACCCGCUUCCAGCAGAACCACAACCCAAACCAGCACGUGGCCCUCGCACACAUCGGAACAGCUGGAGUAGGGGCUGCUGGGUUUCUGGGCCGGGCGGGUUCUUCUCAUCCAUCCCCUGCUCUACUGCCAGGACACAGGAACUCGUGGCUGCCCCAGCAUCCUCAGCAGCUUCCUCUGAGGAGCUACAAAGACCUGCAAAUGGUGGGGACCAACAGUCUGAGCGUGGAUGAGUACUGCGAGCAGCUGUGGUACCGAGAGAAGCGGCGGCAGCAGAAACUGCGCACUCUGAAGCUGAAGCAGGAGAGCAGGAAAGCCCGGGUGAGGAGGAACAACCCUCCUGAGGUUCCUCUUUAGUCUCCUGGGGGAAUAAAAAAAAGACUGACAGGUCCUGUACACGCAGAGGACAAUGAAAGAUUUCAGACUGUUUGCUUUUUCAGCAAAUGACGCCGCCUUGUAAAGUGACACCCCCCAUAUUAACCCUUUAAAGACUG